AUGAAAAGAAAAAAAAGUAAGAGUGAGCAGUCCAGAGAAAAGAAGAAAGAGGUAGCUCCAUCUGAGGGGAAAGAAGUGCCAUAUCCAUUGGUACCUAGGAAGGACAAAGAAAGACAUCUUGCAUGUUUUCUUGACAUCUUCAAGAAGCUAGAGAUCACCAUGUCCUUCGGAGAGGCCUUACAGCAAAUGCCACUUUACUCUAAAUUUCUAAAGAAUAUGCUAACCCGAAAGAGCAAGUAUAUCCAUAGUGACACAAUUGUAGUGGAGGGAAACUGUAGUGUUGUGAUUCAACGCAUCCUUCCACCCAAGCACAAAGAUCCAGGUAGUGUCACUAUAUCUUGCUCGAUCGGUGCAGUCUCAGUUGGUAAGGCUCUUAUUGAUUUAGGAGCCAGCAUAAAUUUGAUGUCGCUCUCUAUGUGUCGGAGGGUGGGAGAGCUGGAGAUAAUGCCAACCAGAAUGACUCUACAGUUAGCUGAUCGCUCCAUCACCAAACCGUAUGGAGUGAUAGAAGACGUUUUGGUCCGAGUAAAGCACUUUACUUUCCUUGCCGACUUUGUGGUCAUGGACAUCGAAGAAGAUGCUGAUAUCCCAUUAAUCUUGGGAUAUCCAUUCAUGCUGGCCGCAAGCUGUGUGGUGGAUAUGGGAAGAAGAAAGUUGGAAAUGGGCAUCGAAGAUCAAAAGAUCAGUUUCGAUCUAUUUGAUGAAGAAAAACAACUUUUGGACCAAAAUGUCUGCUUGCAAGUGAAGAAGUUUGAGGAAAAGGUUCUGAAGGUAGGAACCAAAUUUGAUCCAAACCCUUGA